AUGGCUUCCUCUGGCGUAUGGUGGAUGCUUUUUCUGUUGAUUACAAUGGCGGGAAUCACCCGCAGCUUCUGCUCUCAGGUGAGCCUGCCUCAGCCAUUGCUCCGAGAAUUUGUGGGAUACUUUCAGUCCAGUGUCUUUGUUUUUCAUUCCUGACCACCCCCAAAUCUUCUUCUUCUUCGAAAGGUGUAUGUGGUGUACUUGGGUGGCAAAACCGGUGAAAGCCAGGAGGAGGUCAUGCGGAAGAACCACCAGCUCCUCAUUGCUGUUCAUGGAGGAAGGUCAGAUUCAUCUGGUUUCAAUCCUUCCGAUAUUCCUGAAACCUGGGUCUAGUUCGGCCAUUAAUUAUCGUUAAAUUGGGCUUUUGCAGUGAAGAACUGGCCCGAGAAUCUCAUGUUUACAGCUACAGCAAUGGCUUCAGAGGGUUCGCUGCUAAGCUCUCAGAAGAGCAAGCUAAGGCUAUGGCUGGUAACUCGGUACCUGCUGAGAAUUGUUGAAUUUUGAACCAAAUUUAUCUUCCAUCCUCGUUGGGUUUUCCUUCAACAUCUGGGCAUUAUGUGUGCAGCUAUGCCCGAGGUGGUCUCUGUGUUUCCCAAUCUGAGAAGGCAGCUGCAUACGACUCAUUCUUGGGACUUCAUGGGUCUGGCGACCGACGAGGCAAUGGAAAUCCCAGGCUUCUUCACAAAGAACCAAGAGAAUGUCAUCAUCGGCUUCAUUGACACCGGUGAGGAGGAUGAUCUGGGUUUGCCUCUGGGAGUUGAUAGAGUUGCAUGUACAAAUACCUGAAGUUUUUUAAUUUUAUCGUGGUUCAUCCUCAGAUUUAUGACUACCAAUGCUAUCUUGCCGUGCUUUACCUUUGAAUUUAUUAGUUUAGGCUAAGGCUAAUCUCUUCAAUUUCUUAGAUCUUGUCACCUCUAUGAAAUUAGAUUCUGUUGCUUAUGCAAACACCCACAUUUCGUAGAUUGCACGCAGUUUAUCUAUUAAUUCAAUAGGGUUGCCUGUGGUAAUAUUCACAACUGUUCUUCUGAUUUCAAUAUUGGAUAUGCUGGUAUCUGAAAUUAAUUAAUGCUCCGUGUUUUAUCCUGGGCAUUUCAUAAUGUUUCGUAUGCUAAUGUCUUCAGUUCAUCAAUCUUCCCAUGAUUUGACAGAAUUCUCGGGUGUAAUGCCUACUUUAGAAAAUCUCUUGUUUUUUACGAAAAAUAUUUUUUUCUUCGAACCAGUUGCAAUAUAAAAGUUUUGUUUUGGCAAAGAACCAUAGAACCAUUUGGCAUUCUUAACACGCGAUCAAAGGCAUGCUAUUUGGCAUCUGUACCAGCACAAGGUUCCUACAAGUUUUGAUGAUUUAUCAUGGUUGCAUAUUGCUAAUUUAUUUAUUUAUUUCAUUUUCCUGGGCAUGUUAGAUUCAAGAGCAAAUUUCUUGUUGUGGUCCACGCAUAAUCAAUUUUGAUGAUUGGAGUAAAAGCUUUGAUUAUACAGCUAAUUUUGCAUAACUUUGGUGUUCAUAUUUUUAUUACCCAGGAAUCUGGCCAGAGUCCCCUAGCUUCCACGAUAACCAGAUGCCUCCUGUGCCCACAAGAUGGAAAGGAGUGUGUCAAGCUGGGGAAGCAUCCAGCAAUUUCUCUUGCAACAGGUUAGUUUCCUGUUCUUCAAAGAUUUAAUGAACUCCAUAUUCUUCUUGACCCUGAUGCGUUCUCAAAAAUUGGCAGAAAAAUAGUUGGCGCGAGGUAUUAUUCGAGUGGCUUCGUGGGUGAAAUGCCGAACAGUGAACCUCUACUUGGAUCAGACAUAUCACCAGCUCAGUACAAGUCCCCGAGGGACAGCGCCGGCCAUGGAAGCCACACUGCCUCAACAGCCGCCGGCCGAUUCGUAAGUGACAUGGACUUCAAUGGGCUGGCUAGCGGUGGCGCCCGGGGUGGGGCACCGCUUGCCAGGAUUGCAGUGUACAAGACCUGCUGGUCCUCAGGCUGCUACGAUGCCGAUAUACUGGCUGCCUUUGAUGAUGCCAUUAGAGACGGGGUCGACAUAUUGUCUCUCUCCCUCGGGCCUGAUCCCCCUCAGGGGAACUACUUCAGUGAUGCCAUCUCUGUGGGGUCAUUCCAUGCUGCAAGUCAUGGCAUUCUGGUCGUGUCUUCAGUUGGCAAUGUCGGGGCCAAGGGCUCUGCCACCAAUCUCGCACCAUGGAUGCUCACAGUGGGUGCCGGCUCCACGGACAGGGACUUUGCCUCCUAUAUCUUGCUUGGGGAUGGAACUCGGAUCAUGGUAAUGAACAGGUUAUUAUGUUGGUGUGAUUAUUGAAAUGAUUUGGGGUGUUGGGUCUCAUCUUCGUGCGAUGAUUAGGGGGAGAGCCUGAAUGCAGUGGGAAUGACUGCAACUGCGACAAUCAUCCCUGCUUCACAUGCUAAUGCAGGAUAUUUCACCCCGUAUCAAGCGAGGUGAGCAAAAGACUUAUAGAUUUAUUUAUUUAUUUAUUUAUAGGUUUUUUUUCGACGUAUAUUUUCUGUUUAUAAAGGUCAUUGAACCACAAAAAGACACAUUUUUCAUUAUUAAUGGAGUUAUUAUUUAUUCAUCUUUUGGUUCUGUUCAAUGUAUAGUUUGUCUCGAAAGCUCACUGAACCAAACGAAGAAAAUUUUUCUAUUAAUGGAAUUCUUAAUUUCUUUAUGGGUUUCUUCAAGGUACCAUCUCUGCUAGGAAAACAGGUUGAACCAGAUAAAAGGCGAUUUUUUUUCCAUUUACCCAAUUAUUUAUAGAUUUUGUCGGUUGUCUUCAGUGUGAGUUUCUUUUUGGAAGCCUCACUGAACAAAACAAAGACUAUUUUUUUCUAUUAAUAGAAUUAUUUAUCCGACAAUGGGUUUUCUUCUCUGUAUUUUCCUUUUGGAAAGUGCAUUGAAAUUAAAGGCUCCAUGUUUCAUUUCGACCAGUGGAUUUAUCUACAACUUUGUGACUAGCUCUCUUUGAUUUGUAGUUUCUGUUUGGAGAGCUCGUUGAACCAAACAAAGGCCAGAGGGAAGGUCCUCAUUUGCCGCCAGGCCGGUAGGUCUUCGGAGUCCAAGCUGGCCAAGAGCACGGCGGUCAAGAACGCCGGUGGUGUUGGAAUGAUCUUGAUCGAUGAGCUUGACAAGGAUAUCGCUGUUCCUUUCACAAUCCCUGCAGCGACUGUCGGAAAAAGGGAUGGUGACCAGAUCUUGUCCUAUAUCAAUCGCACGAGGUCCGAUUCUUCCGGCCCUUGAUGCCGCAAUCCUUCGUGGGUUUCCAGAAAACACCCUUUUAUAGAAUGGGUUUCCUUUAGAAUUCUCAGUCAUGCUUCCUUCAGAUCACCCUUUUAUAGAAUGGGUUUCCUUUAUCUGAGCUUUGCCGCCGCAGGGAACCGAGGUCGCUCAUCUUCCCUGCAAGGACGAUUAUAGGAUCCAGGCCUGCCCCCUGGGUGACCGCAUUCUCCUCAAAAGGCCCGAAUUCGUUAACUCCAGAGAUUUUGAAGGUUUGAAAGGCAUAAAGCUCAUGGUUUUCUUCAUUGAGAAUUAUUUCCAAGGAGUUCUUCGCCGAUGUUCCUUUCUCUUGCAGCCGGAUGUUGCUGCCCCCGGGCUGAACAUCUUGGCAGCUUGGUCGCCCGCCGCCCAGCAGAUGAGCUUCAACAUCCUCUCGGGAACUUCCAUGGCCUGCCCCCACGUCACGGGGAUCGCCGCCUUGAUCAAGGCCGUAUACCCAUCGUGGUCUCCUUCGGCGAUCAAGUCAGCGAUCAUGACGACAGGUAAGAUUCACACCCCUCAACCACCCUCAUUCCUCCAGGGAAUUUCAAUAAAGAUGGUAACUUUGUUUCUAUGAUUCUCUCUCAUUUUCAUGCGUUGGCAUUUUUUCUAUAGAAAGCAAAGAAAAAUGUCAGCCCAUUUCUGUUUUCUUCUAAAUGGGUCGAUCCUAAGUUGACCUUCCAAAUCCAAAAAAUUUCAGCCUCUGUCCUGGAUAAGAGUGGCGGCGCCAUUAAAGUGGAGCCCGAGGGAAGGCUGGCGACCCCCUUCGACCAUGGGUCGGGCUUCUUGACCCCCCCCAGAGUCCUGAAUCCGGGCCUCGUCUAUGAUGCCGGGGCCAAGGACUUUGAGGAUUUCCUCUGUGCCGUCGGCUACGACAACAAGACCCGCCACCUGGUCACCGGCAAUGUUAGGCCCUGCCCCCAGCCAUCCCCACCAGCCCAUAACCUGAAUUAUCCCGCCAUUGCAGCAAUUGACAUCAAAGGCGGCGCCUCCAUCAUCCGCACCGUGACCAAUGUGGGGAGCCCCAGGAGCAUCUACCGAUCGGUUGUCUCCCCGCCGCCGGGCAUUAGCGUCACAGUGGUGCCGACGGCGCUGGUCUUCACCAGCUAUGGUCAGAGGAUCAGCUUCACUGUGAGCUUCAGUGUGGCUGCCCGCCCUCCGGCGGAGGGCUAUUCCUUUGGAUCUCUCUCAUGGAGAUCCGCUGAUGCAGAGGUGAGGAGCCCUCUCAUUGUCAGUGUUGCUUCUUCUUCCCUCUGA